AGGCAAGAAGAAAGAGGCGAGAAAAAAAUCUCAGUUUAAUUUCUGAUAACCUCAAUUUUAGAUCUGUUUCGUGAAAUUCUCAUCAAACUCUCUGCAUAUUUGAGUUAACUCUUAGGUAUCUAGGGUAUUUAGUUUAGAGAUUGAUGAGGAAGAGAGUGGGUGAUACUAGGACACACUGAGGAGUGGAGAGUGAAGUCGCAGACAAAAGCGGCCGUCUGGGAUGGAAGAAGUCAAACGCAGAAUCGUUGUAUCCAAUGCUCACUUUGAUAAGAAUACCUCACUCUUCUUGUCCAUUUUCCAUUUGAAUGUUUCUUCCUUCCCUUCCUUGACAUCCCCACCUUGUUUUAUCUCUCAUCCCUAUCUCUGCUAAUUAAGUUUGCUUCUUAUAAAUCCAUGAUCCUCCUCCUUCACGCUUUUACAUCUGUCUCUGCCACUGCUUCCUCAUCCCCUCGCUCUCUCGCUGAUAAAAAUGGCGGAUUGGGGUCCUGUGGUGAUAGGCCUCGUGCUGUUUGUGCUCUUCACUCCUGGCUUGCUCUUUCAGCUUCCAGGCAAAGGCCGAGCCGUCGAAUUCUGCAACUUCCAAACCAGCGGCAUCUCCAUCUUUGUCCAUACCCUUCUCUUCUUUGGCUUCAUGGUUAUAUUCAUCAUUGCCAUUGGAGUUCACAUCAGCUCCUGAUCCUUCCCUCCCUCCAUUCUUCACGCCUAAACUUCUUUGUUUUACCUCUUGUCUUCCUAUAUUCUUAUAUGCUUUGUAAUUUAUUCAUUAUCUAAGAUUUUUAUUAUGGUAUCAUUCAAUUGCGCUUGUUAUUACCAAACAAACUAUAUUAAUUGGCACAUCACUUGACAUUGUCAACUGAAAAUUUUGUGGUAAAUCCUGUCCAUCAAUUACUCGCGAGACUUGAGGG